AUGGACAUUACAGCGAUCGGGCCACCUUUCAUGACAACGGUAUCGGUGCAAAACUCUUCUUUGGAGGGCUUUAACCACACAGCCCCUUCGCCACAAUAUCCUGAACCGCCGCACUCCAGGUGGGCAUCAACGGCAAUCGUCUUGCUGGUCACGGUGAUCAUCCUGGGGACAGUGGUGGGCAAUGUGUUGGUGGUGGUGGCCGUGAUCACCAGCCGAGCUCUGCGUGCUCCCCAGAACCUGUUCCUAGUGUCCCUGGCGUCUGCAGACAUCCUGGUGGCCACCUCGGUGAUUCCCUUCUCCUUGGCCAAUGAGGUCAUGGGCUACUGGUUCUUUGGUCCCACCUGGUGCUCCUUCUACCUCGCUCUGGAUGUUCUAUUUUGCACCUCCUCCAUUGUCCACCUGUGCGCCAUCAGUCUCGACCGCUACUGGUCUGUCACCAAGGCCGUCAGCUACAACCGCAAGAGGACGCCCAAGCGCGUUAAGACCAUGAUCAGCGUCGUGUGGCUGAUCUCCAUCGUCAUCUCAUCGCCGCCCCUGCUCAUGCACCAUCAGGAGGAACCGGACAGGAGCCGGCCGGACGAAAAGGACACCCUGCAGCAGAAGUGUCUCCUCAACAACCAGACCUGGUACAUCCUCUCCUCCUGCCUGGUGUCUUUCUUCGCCCCGGGGGUCAUCAUGAUCCUGGUCUACUGCAAGAUCUACCGCGUGGCCAAGCAGAGAGCCUCCACCGUGUUCGUGGCGAAGAACGGGAUGGACCGGCGGCCGUCGCACUCGGAGACCUGCUUUGACCCCGCCAGCGGGAACUUCCAGGGGGGCGGCUCGGGCCUGGCCCGGUCCUGGUUUCAGACGGAGAGCCCGCGCGCCGUGUGCCGCCACAGCUCGGCCAUCGGGGGCGGCCUCGGCGACGGCCACCGGCGCAGAGAGCUGGAGGACAUAGAGCUGGAGGAGAAGAGCUGCAAGUCCGAGACCAAAACGUCCUCCUCCUCGUCCUUGUCUUAUUUCGGCCCGUCCUGCGUGUUCUCCAGGAGAGCGAGCGGCAGGGCGGCGACGGAGGAGGAGGAGGAGGAGGAGGAGGCGGGGAGGGUUAAAGGGACGGCGAACACCCUCCAGCCCCCCCCGGCUCCUCACGCUCCCUCCUGCCCCUCCUUGUCAUGGGUGUCGACGUCGGACCAGUGCUCCCACCACCUCCUCCUGCCCUCUCCGCUGCCUCCGCCGGGCAGCCACGUCUCCCUGUCCAAAACCAAAGUGGCUCAGAUGAGGGAGAAGCGCUUCACCUUCGUGCUGGCUGUGGUGAUGGGGGUCUUUGUCCUGUGCUGGUUCCCCUUCUUCUUCACCUACAGCCUCCAUGCCGUGUGCAGGGAGAAGUGCCCGAUCCCCGACACACUCUUCAACCUGUUCUUUUGGAUUGGCUACUGCAACAGCUGCCUCAACCCAAUCAUAUACACCAUCUUCAACAGAGACUUCAGAAGGGCCUUCAAGAAGAUUUUAUGUCAGGCCCGUAAGGGAAAAUAGGGAACUUUUACAAAGGGCUUGAGCGUGUGUGUGCGCGUGUACUCCGAAUAUUUACCCCAGAGGCUUAAAGGAAAAGGAGUUAUUUUACACAUGUC